AUGCUGCCGCCGCCGCUGCUGCUGCUGCUGCUACAGCCGCUGCUGCUGGCGAGCGCGGCGGGCGCUGCGGGCGCUGCUCGCUCCCCGUGGAGCGGGGCGGGUACCACCCAGCACCUGCAAAGCAUCUUCCUGGGCCGCUGCUCCGAGUAUCUCGCGCUGCUGAAUCCCCAGCUGCGGGACAAGAACUGCACAGCCAUCUGGGAAGCCUUUCGCGCGGUGCUGGAGAAGGACCCCUGUUCCGUGUUUCCCUCUGACUACGACCUCUUUAUAAACCUCUCUAGGCACUCCAUUCCCACAGACAAGUCCCUGUUCUGGGAAAAUAACCAGUUCCUUGUUGCCAGCUUUGCGGAGAACACCCGCCGCUUUAUGCCUCUGAGCUACGUUCUGUACGGCAGGGUGGGGGAUCUCCUCAGCUGGUGUCGGCAGGAACACUCCUCAGGACUCGAUUACCAAUCCUGCCCUACAUCAGAAGAUUGUGAAAACAAUGCUGUGGAUUCUUUCUGGAAAAGGGCUUCCAUGCAGUAUGCAAAGGAUAGUUCUGGUGUGAUCCCGGUCAUGCUGAACGGUUCGGAGCCCACAGGAGCCUAUCCGGUGAAAGGUUUUUUUGCAGAUUAUGAAGUUCCCUACUUCCAGAAGCAUAAAAUCACACGAAUUGAGAUCUGGAUUAUGCAUGAAAUCGGGGGACUCAAACUGGAAUCCUGUGGAGAAGGCAGUGUGAGAAUCCUGGAGGAGAGGCUGAAGAAAAUGGGUUUUCAGUACAGCUGUAUCAAUGAUUACCUCCCGGUGAAGCUCUUAAAGUGCGUGGACCACAGCACUCAUCCUGACUGUGCUUUAAGUAGCUGCUGGGCUGGGCGGGGCCAGGAACACCUGUCCAGCGAGCCGGCCUCCCGCCGGGAACUUGGAGCAGAGCCUGCCCUGAUGCCGCGAGAAUGCUAG